AUUUGUGUCAACAACAAAGAAAUGGCUUGCGAAGUUAAAAUUUUUGGACAAAUACGCGAUUUUAAAAAGGUUCAAGAGUACUUUGGCCUCGGACAUGAUGAAAAUUGGUUAAAUGCGGUCAAUUAUGCCGUGUCACCCACGGGAGAAAUGAUAGCUUUUGCUCAGGGAGAAAAAUUAGCAUUUGUAACGUCUUGCUGGAGCAGUCAAGGCGAGAAUCAUAAUACAUACAGUCUCAGUUGGUGUGGGGAAUUGGAGGAUGCGAAUCAAAUUGUAACCAGUAUAGCUUGCCUGCCCAUGACAACAACUACUAACCUUGCCUCCACGUCUUCUGUCGAAUGGACUUGUGUAGCGUUGGGCUUAACGUCUGGUCUGGUUGUAUUUUAUGCAGACAAUGGGAAGAAACUGUUUUCCCAGUGCUGCCAAGAAGAUCCUGUUAUAUCCAUCAAACUAAAAUCGCCGCCACGCCACUCAGAGGGAGAUUCAUUGCUCUAUUUAGUCUACGGACGCUGUGUGUGCUUUAUUAAAGGGCAGGACAUACUGGCCACGCUCAGCAAUUGCCGUUACAAUCUCCAACGAGGUGCUUUGGAAAGAAGUUCAGCUCCAAGUGUUGAUGUAGUGCCCUUUCAGAAAUACAAGUUUAAACAGGUCCGCGAAAAUAUUUUGAACGAUGCUGCUAUUUCCACGACACAGAGACCGGCUUCCUACGACCACAUCGUGGAGCAAAGUAUUGGUUUUGGAUACUUUGCCAAAGUGCAAGAAACGCCGCCACAAAGGGCGCAGAUCUUGGGGAUAGGCGCCGAACCGUUUUUGGGGUUCUUUCAGGCUGAAGAGGGCUAUAAAACUGUUUCCAUAGGAGAGGUGGCAAAAGAUGUCAUUGGGAUGGCGUACAAGAAUCUACUUGGAGGACUUUUUCGUCGAGCGCCAGAGAAGCCAAUCACGCCAGAAGAGAAUCCGCUGCCAGUUCCCUAUAAAGAGGCUCCGAUGCGGACACGUUGUCGUCUUUAUGACGGAAAGAGAGAUGGUAUCUCCUUAGUUAUAGCUCCAGGUAGAGGGCAUUUAGCUGCUGUUACUGAUAAUUUGGAUCGUGUAAUGCUAGUGGAUACUCAACAGAGUCUUAUACUCAGAGUGUGGAAAGGUUAUCGCGAUGCUCAAUGUGGAUUUGUUCAAGUCAAGGAAAAAUCCGUGAGGGGUCUCAAAACCCAUAGAAGACGAGCUCUUUUUUUAGUCAUAUAUGUCCCACGCUUAGGAUGCUUGGAUAUUUGGGCAUUACAAAAUGGACCCAAAGUUGCCGCCUUUAAUGUCUGCAAAUCUGGCCAACUGAUAUACGUCAAUCACAACCCUUUGACAGCAUUAUCUGGUAGUGGUCUUUCCAGAAAGCCACAAGCCCCACUCAAUCAAUGUUUGUUUUUGGAUCCCAGCGAUGGAAGCCUUAAAGAGAUUCAAAUUCCCUUUCACUAUGCCUUAAGCGAGACAAAUUCAGAAACUUCACGAGACAUACACAUGCUAAGACGCCUAAGGAAUCAAUUAAGGUCCAUCAAUCAUGGCGAAUCCAUCGAUGAUGCCAAUCUAGACGAAAUUAACCAAUUGGCACAAGAGUUAAAAACUUUAGAAGUCCGUCAACAAUGUGUGGAAAUGUUAAUCAAAAGCAAAAAGCUGCAACCUUUGGUUUUCAAAAGAAUUAUUGAUGCUUUUGCCACAACAUCUAAAAAUGAUGAUACUCAGGAGUUUCAAGAGUUCACGAAUCAAAUUCACAACUACAAGCGUCUAACUGAUUUGUAUUUAUCACUCAGUCAGUCAGCAAUUGAGCAAUCAGUAGAAGAGUGUGAACACGAACCCAUUCUUCCACAUUUGGAACUGUCUGAUGGAGAUCUAGUGACGAUCAACAAACUAGUUUUACUUUUAGACAACGGCAAAGAUAAACCCCCUAGUGCCGCACAAAGAGAAGUUAGCUUUCAGUUGCAUUCAUCUCACAGAACGGAAGAAUUUGUCGAUUAUCUAAGUAUUUUUAACAUAGAUAAGCCAAACACUGUAACUCUUAUCCCAGAGAAAUCCGAAAAGUUUGGUUCUAUAAGCGUAGCACUAUUGGGGCAGUUUUUUGCCCGCAGCUUGUCUUUUACACAAUUCAAAAAAUGGACCAGUCAGGCUUGUUUAUCAAGCAAAGAUUUGCUUACUCUGGUCAUUUGGUUUUGGUUGGAAAAGCCAUUUAAAUAUCAUAACUGUGAUGAAGUUGUUGAGGAUAUGUCCGCCACAUAUCAGAUGAUAUAUAUAAUUUGUGAGUUGGCUGGCGAUAGUUUAAAUGAUUAUGCAUAUAAUGCCAUUUCGCCCUGGUGGCAGGAAGUACGAGAACUACUUUUGGAAAGCAAACAAUUCUCUGGAUUACUCGUGGCAAUUGUCUGUAAGAUUGUGGCCACAGAUUUUUGGAGAAGUCGCAGAGAGGGCUCCUGUGAUGAAUGCAGCCUUAACGGUGAGGAUGAAGAACAUUGGGAGCGUAUUUCCCACGAUGAGGCCCAAUGGGGUUUACUUACUGGCAAACUAGAAGAUGUCGCUGUUCUUGGGGCUAUUUUGAGCAAACCGCUUACUUGUCGGGAAACAUAUGGACCAGAAAUGUCCUAUGAUGUCCCUGAUUGUAGUUUGAAGAGUAUUAUAAGCAGUGGCAAAGGCAUUGUCACAGAAUUAACUGCGAAAUGGUUAAUCAGUGCUCAGUUGCAUCCUAACAAAAUAAUAGAAAUAACUCCACCCGAAAAUGAAAUCGACGAAGAGGACAAUAAACCAGACAAAGGCAAACUCAGUACACAAGCAGCAACAGAAGAGAUUGAACAAGAGGUCACCGAUGUUGACUUAGAUAAACGCAUUAAUCCAGCCAAAGAAUCGGUUGAACCCGUUUUGGAGCGAUUGUCGUUGUUACGAGCUCAUUUCCCCUUCAGUUUGGAAUCUGGACCUCUGCUCAGUUUGAUGUCCUGGCAGUACAUGGUUCAUUGGAGUAAAAACCUUUCAUCUCUCGACUAUAUGAGAGCGGCACUGCAGUGUUUCAAAGAAUUCCGAAUACCAGAUUUCGCCCUGAAACAUGGGAUCUGUUGCAUGUUAUGGAAUGCCACAUUAAAGUAUCCCCUUCAAGCAGCUGGAAAGCUCAUCCAAAAGGUGGGUCGCCUACCGGUCGACAAAAUGUGUCAACAGGAUCUGGAAAUGUCUGCUGGCAAAGUACCUGAAUUUUUGGAACUUACUCUGGAGUUCUUAGAUCACUUCUCAGCCUCGCUGGAACACGACAAGCGGGACAUAAGAUUUGAGCAAUCUUUAAGCGAAGGAGCAUUGCCAUUGCAAUUUUUGGCCCUGCAACAACAUCAUGCUAUGCCUCAACUGUUGCAAUUACAUACGCAACUCUGUAGAGUAUUGCAUUUCAUUGCAUAUUUCCAAAUGCGUGUACCCAAGCCGCUUACGUUAGUCUUUGAUGCUGUUAGCAACAAGGCAUUCCAAGCGGAUAUUAACAAAGAAUUACCGUAUCAAUUGCCACCUCCAGAUUUGGUUUUACAGCAGCAACGAACCGAAUUUCUAUGUCGAGUGGUCGCAUCUACAAUGGAUUUGAUUAGACAGGAUUUACACCAACUGUAUAUAUUGGAUCAUGUGUAUUAUAUUGGAAAAGUCUGCGAGCUGGCCGAUAGUUGGAGUCUGGACAAAUCACCAAUAUUAAGAAGACAGAUAGUGGAACUGUAUGCCUUUGGCUAUGAUGCUGAAGCUCAGGCGCUACUUCAUGACAUAUGCGAAGAUGAGGAGUUGGGUCGUCUUUUAUUGGAAAUUGCUGGACGACGACUUAAUCUUUUAAGUGAAAGUUCACAGUCUACAUUCCUGAAGAUAGCUUCUGUGGGUCAUCAACUAUUGGCCUAUUUAGACAAUUUGAAGGAGCCGCUCACUGAGCAGAAUAUAGCAAUAACAUUUAACAAACCCGAUGAGAUCGAUGUUACAGCCUUGGAUAAACUACUAGGACAAGCGUACAAAUGUCUUUGCCGACGAGAAUCGAAACAGCUGCCAAUUAUUGCACAGAUGUACAACGCAGUGCGCAUACUUCAGCAUUAAAAUACCAUUUUAAUUAAACCCAAAUAUAUAUACAUAUGUUUUGCAA